AGCCCUAGGAGAGAGUGCGCGGGAAGCCGGCGACAGCCUGUACCAGCGUUGGGGCUGCGCGCUUUCCCUCUCUCUGCUGGCGGCACGGUGCUUUCCGGCUGCCGUCAAGUGCGGCAUUGGGCCGGCGGGCGGGAGCCGCGGGGCUGCCAUGGCGGUGGCGGGCCGACUGCCGAGCUCCUGGUUAUUGCUGGCGCCUCUAAUCGGGGGAAUCGCGCUACUGGGAGUCGGGCCGGUUCUCGUGCGGGCGCUGCACAACGUCACGGCCGAGCUCUUUGGGGCCGAGGCCUGGGGCACCCUAGCGGCCUUCGGAGACCUCAACUCCGACAAGCAGACGGACCUCUUCGUGCUGCGGGAAAGAAAUGAUUUAAUCGUCUUUUUGGCAGACCAGAACGCACCCUAUUUUAAACCCAAAGUAAAGAUAUCCUUGAAGAAUCACAGUGCAUUGAUAACAGGUGUAGUCCCGGGAGAUUAUGAUGGAGAUUCACAGAUGGAUGUCCUUCUGACGUAUCUUCCCAAAAAUCAUGCCAGCAGUGAAUUAGGAGCUGUUAUAUUCUGGGGACAAAAUCAAACAUUAGAUCCUAAUAAUAUGACCAUACUCAAUAGAACUUUUCAAGAUGAGCCACUAAUUAUGGACUUCAAUGGUGAUUUAAUUCCUGAUGUGUUUGGUGUCACAAAUGAAUCCAGCCAGCCUCAGAUACUAUUAGGAGGGAAUUUAUCGUGGCAUCCUGCAUUGACCACUAACAUUAAAAUGCGAAUUCCACAUUCUCAUGCAUUUAUUGAUCUGACAGAAGACUUUACAGCAGAUUUAUUCCUCACAACAUUGUCUGCCUCUAGUACUUUCCAGUUUGAGUUAUUGGAAAAUUUGGAUGGAAAUUUCUCUAUCCACACUGUAUUUGAAAAGCCUCAAAAUAUGAUGGUGGUUGGGCAGUCAGCAUUUGCAGACUUUGAUGGAGAUGGAAAUAUGGAUCACUUACUGCCAGGCUGUGAAGAUAAACACUGCCAGAAAAGCACCAUUUACUUAGUGAGAUCCGGGACAAAGCAGUGGGUUCCAGUACUACAGGAUUUCAGCAAUAAAGGCACACUUUGGGGCUUUGUGCCAUUUGUGCAUGAACAACGACCAACUGAAAUACCAAUUCCAAUUACCCUUCAUAUUGGAGACUACAACAUGGAUGGCUAUCCAGAUGCUCUUGCCAUACUGAAGAAUACAUCUGGGAGCAAUCAGCAGGCCUUUUUAUUGGAGAAUGUCCCUUGUAAUAAUGCAAGCUGUGAGGGUGCACAUCGGAUGUUUAAAGUCUACUGGGAGCUGAUGGACCUAAAUCAAAUCAGAGAUACCGUGGUUGCCACCUUCUUCGACAUUUACGAAGAUGGAAUCUUGGACAUUAUAGUACUAAGUAAAGGAUAUACAAGGAAUGAUUUUACCAUCCAUACACUAAAAAAUAACUUUGAAGCAGAUGCUUAUUUUGUUAAAGUGAUUGUUCUUAGUGGCCUCUGUUCUAAUGACUGUCCUCGUAAGAUAACACCAUUUGGAGUAAAUCAGCCUGGACCUUACAUCAUGUAUACAACUGUAGAUGCAAAUGGAUAUCUGAAAAAUGGUUCAGCUGGACAACUUAGCCAGUCAGCACAUUUAGCUCUCCAGCUACCAUACAAUGUACUUGGUUUAGGUCGAAGUGCAAAUUUUCUUGAUCAUCUUCAUGUUGGUAUUCCCCGUCCAUCUGGAGAGAAGUCUAUACGAAAACAAGAGUGGACUGCAAUCAUUCCAAAUUCCCAGCUGAUUGUCAUUCCAUAUCCUCACAAUGUUCCUCGAAGCUGGAGUGCCAAACUUUAUCUUACACCAAGUAACAUUGUUCUGCUUACUGCUAUUGCUCUCAUUGGUGUCUGUGUUUUCAUCUUGGCAAUAAUUGGCAUUUUACAUUGGCAGGAAAAGAAAGCAGAUGAUAGAGAAAAACGACAAGAAGCCCAUCGGUUUCAUUUUGAUGCUAUGUGACUUGCCUUUAGGAUUACAUAAUUGAAUGGCUAUUCACUUGAUUAAUUGAAGCACUAAAUUUGGCUUAAAGAAGAAAAUAGGGAAUUUUGAAUAUUAUUUAUAAAUGAUGCAUCCAUUGGUAGUUAUUGGAAUGUAUUCAAAUAAAUAUGGUCUGAAUGUGUCACACGGUCUUUUUUUAAAGCACUUUGUAUAUAAUAAUUUGGGCUCUUUAUUCAACAGUGCUGUACAUUUUUGUUCCUUUGUGGAAUGUGUUGCAUGUACUCAGGUGUUUAUGUAUUUAUAAUCUUAUUAGAAUAAUAAUGAUGGAAAAAAGACAUGAAUAAAUAAAAAUAAAUGAGCAGGGAUUUUUGUGUUCCAUUUGGUCUUGCUUCUUACAAUGCAAACUAUACUUUUGUAAAUGUGUUACAGAUAAAGUCAUCAGAGCAGGUCAGGGGUCUCUCAUGGAUGGCAUACAGUAUUGGGGACUCUGGCUGUGGGAUUGCAGUCAGACGGACUUGCCUUAAACUCCAAUUACAACUCUAACAAGCUAUUUGAACCUAGCAAAUUGCUUAACCUCUGUGAGACUCAGUUUUCUUGUUUAUGAACAGUACUAAUAAUAAUAUUCACUUGAGUUACUGUAAACAUCAAGAGGGAUGAUGUAUGUAAAGUGCUCACUCAGCCCAUGCCUGGCACAGAGUAAGUGCUCUCCAUAGGUGGUAGUUGUCAUUAUUAUUUUUAGAUAGUGUUUUAAAGAUCUCUACAACUAAUUAUCAAAAUACAUUAACUCAAUAAAAUUUUAUUUCCAGACAUAAGGAAAUCAUUUUCCUUGGAAAACCUAAAUUCUUAGUGGCUGAUAUCAUAUAUAAAGAUGUAUUACUUGCUCAUAUUAACUAAAAAUGAUAGUACCUUCCAAGAAUAAAUGUGCCCUAAAAAAUUUCAUUUGAACACUGAUCCUUAUGUAGUAAUGAAGAGCAUUUGAUGUCUUGAAACUGCUGUAGACAGCAUCUGGGAAUGCAAAUCUUCAAUCACAUUUCUAUUCUCAAAAGCUUAUAGAAGUCUAUAAUUUACAUUCAGACUUCAUUGCAAAUUUUUGUGAACUUCACCUCACCAAAAACUAUUUUAAGACUUAAAUCUAAGAUUGUGGAAAACAUGUAUAUAUAUCAGUGUUAAUAAUUUUCUGAUAUGCAAAUAAACAUGUGAUGGCUAUAAAAUAUAAAAUCUUACCUGAAAACAA